AUGAAGCAGCCUGUUGUAGCUAGUGUCAUCGAGUUCUCAUCGAAACUCAUCAUGGUGAAUACGAACAAUAUCCUCGCGGCAUUUGCCAUCACCUUUCUGGCCUCUUUAUCUCUAAGUUCGGCUUACGCCAAGCACAACUUAGAUAUCCCUAAUACCUUUGAGAAGCAUCUCGAUCAUGAACUGCGACCAUUUCUUCGGGAAAAGAGAGAGAAGGAAGCCGAAGUAUUCCAUCUAAGUAAUAAUAAUCCUUUGGAAUUAGAAGAAGAACCGUUGGAGCCAAAAUCCAUCUAUGAGAGAAGAACGCUCGGAGAAGAGGCAAAGGACGUUGAAAAAAGCGAGGAGCAGGAGAAACUGAAUAUCGAGCCUAAAACAAACAACGAUAUUGCAGAAGAAGAGGUAGAUGCUCAGGAUGACGUAUUUUCGUACAGAAAUAUGCACGACCUCAUCCAAGCAUUGAUUCUUGCGGAUGAAGAGGACAUUGCUGAGAGAUUGCAACAAUUGCGAGAGAAUACUACGAAAUCUGAGAGGUUUAGUAAUUUGCCGAAGCGUCAAGCGGUCGCAUCUGCAGCCGCAGCCGCAGCCGCAGCCGCAUCAAACGGACUUGUCGGAGCGAAUCUGUGGGAUGUCGUACCUCUGGACGAUCUGGAUACUCACUCUUGCGAGGUCGAGGCUUUCUCACACGGUCACUUGCACGUAUCGGGUACGAUCGUGCACGAGUACUUCUGUGAGCUGAGGAAAUGUUGGCACUACGUCCUGAUCGUCUUGCGGAACUUGAGGUCCGGGCUUAGCUUGGGGCCAUUGAUAGCUGAGGAUGUCUCCGACAACAUCUUGGGCCAUUUGUUUCAUCACACCUCGCAUCUUCUCCACGUCGUUAUCAGUGAACCCCAGCAUCUGCUGAUUUUGCCCGAUAUAAUUCAAGAUGCCGUACCGUUUCCCAGCAUCAUUGGUGCCAUUCACCGGGUCAGACACGUCUUCUUCAAAGUGCUGCACUUUGGGAUCGAUCUCUUCCGCACACACGUUCGUCAUGUUCUCGCGCAUUUGUUUUCUCAUCUACGUUUGGGCCUGCUGCAUCACUUGGGAAGAUUCAGCUCGGUACUUCCGCUGGAGGAGAUAGUCGCAGAACCGAUCGUGUCUACAGCGGCGUCUGCGGCGUCUGCGGCGGCGGCAACGGCAACGGCGACGGCGACGGCGACUGCGGCCACCACCGGCGAUAGCUCAAUCAUUGUUCCGGAUUAUCAGACAUCAUUGGCGGAAGUGCUAUCUUCGUUCCGCGGCUUCUACCACGGUUACUACGCGUCCGGAGUACCUCAUCUAAUUAGAACUGGUGUAAGAGGCAUCACUUUGCCCUCGGCGUUCUCCAGAAUCGGCUCGUACUUGUCAAGAACACCCCUCUGUGGUAACUUUGGGUACGGACCGAUUGAACAGAGCACCACUGCAGUGACGGCGUCCAGCGCGUCUAGCGCGUCGAGCUCCGUUGGUAUUGGUAGUGGUAGUGGCCUGGUAGUAAGCCCAGCGAUAGAACCGAUAGCACCCGUCGUUCCUAUUGAGACCGAAAUUGGGAGCUCCUCGGCGUCCGCUACCGCCACCGCCACCGCCACCGUCGCCGAGACGCAGCCGGUAUUUUCCGCUGGACCGACGAUAGCGGAAUCACCGGUACUAUCAGGCUACCCGACUGCGUCUUUGAUUCAACCGGAAGUCGUGCCCAGCGUUUUGGAGGAGAACGUGGCAGCCGCAAGCGCCUCCGCUGCGGCAAACGUCGUCUCGAGCCCAGUUGUUGGACGAGUGCCAUUCACCCUGCCGUUGCGCAAAUACAGACCCGCACCCGCGGCAGCGACCGUGCAGGCCGCAGCCGCAAGCGCGUCCGCUUCCACGGGAGGUGAUCGCACCGUGCUCGGACCGUCUCCAUAUCGUGGCCUUGAUCUGGGCAUUGAUCGCAGAAUCAAAUAUCCACUGAUUCGUUCGCGAGUCUUACCCGUCGUGGUUCCGUCAUCCGCGGCUGCCGCCUCGUCUGCAGCCGCCGCAUCGACCUCUUCGUCGGCUGCCGUGGCUAGCAGCUCUGCCAUCUCCUCGGGUGGUUUCAACAUUGUCCUGCCUAGAGAACAGAUAAUUAGCGCUCUCGGUUAUGACUACCUACUGCCGGGCGACAUCAUUUCGGUCACCCUGAGGAACAAAUCGAUCCUGUUCGGCCGCGUACUCGACGCCACCAGCCCAAUCACGUUCAGUUUCCUAAGACCGAAAAUACGUGCCUCUUUACUCCACCACGGUGGACGGCUCUGGAAGCUCCUGCCUAGAGACUUCCGGGAUCCCGAGUGCUAUAGGAAAUUUAACAAUCCUCUACUCUUGCGUUACAGUCUUUAA